ACAACCCCACCGAGGCAGGAUCCGGCCAUGAGGCCUGGGCUCCUGCUGGUGGUCACUUGUAGUGGGCCUGGGGUGCUUUGACUUAGCCCCUUGCUUUCCCGCUCCAUCCCAGCGCCCCCUCUUUCCCCUUCCCUUCCCGCUGCCGCCAUGGGGACGGUGCUGUCCCUCUCUCCGGGCCUUCGGAAAACCAGCCUUUACGACGACGGCUCCUCCAGCUCCCUGGCUCACUACCCCGGCCUGGCGGGUGCCAAGGGCAGCGGCAGCGGUGGGCAUAAGGCCGAGAAAGGCCUCAAGAGACACUCCAUGCUCAUCCCGGCCUUGACCUGGAAGCGGCUAGUGGCCUCGACCAAGAAAAAGGGGUCGCGGGCCGGCGGGGGCGGCGGAAGCAAGGGCCCCUCGAAGAACAACGGCAACUACGGCCACGCCAAGGACGUGGCCCAGCUGAACCACGAGAACGUCAAGAAGUCCCUCUCCUGCGCCAACCUCGCCAGCUUUGACGGGGCCGAGCCGCCGCUGGCACCCCUCAGCUCCAAGCGCUCCUCCGGCACGCUCAAGCCCGGCGUGACCGGCGGAGGGACCUCGUCGUCCCCCCGGCGGGUGAUCGUCCAGGCGUCCACCAGCGAGCUUCUGAAGUGCCUGGGCGAGUUCCUGUGCCGCCGCUGCUUCCGCCUGAAGCACCUGUCCCCCACCGAGCCCAUCCUGUGGCUCCGCAGCGUGGACCGCUCCCUGCUCUUGCAGGGCUGGCAGGACCAGGCCUUUGUCACCCCGGCCAACGUGGUCUUUGUCUACCUGCUGUGCCGCGAGAUGAUCGACGGGGACGCGGUGGCCAGCGAGCACGAGCUGCAGGCCGCCCUGCUCACCUGCCUCUACCUUUCCUACUCCUACAUGGGCAACGAGAUCUCCUACCCUCUGAAGCCCUUCCUGGUAGAGGCCUCCAAAGACGUCUUCUGGAACCGCUGCCUACGCAUCAUCAACGCCAUGAGCGCAAAGAUGCUCCGCAUCAACGCCGACCCCCACUACUUCACCCAGGUCUUCGCCGACCUCAAGAACGAGGGCAGCGGCAAGAGGGAAGACUUUGCCCGCAUCCUGGACCGGUGACUGGUUCUCCUGGCGAGGACCGGGGGGGGACGGACGGACCUGGCCAGAUUCACCUGUUCCUUCCUGGGUCCCUGGUGUGCAAUGGAUGCUCAGAGGUGGUCCAGAGAGGUCUCCUUCUGAGGCCAGGCCUUUGCCAAAAACAGACAACUGCUUUCUCUGCUUGCUGCAGUGAGUCAGACUGGCUCAAGGAAGGCGUUGGACGAGGUGGGUGGAGGUGGA